AUGCUGGGCUACGGUGAUGGCGAUGCCCACGAUCAGGAUGGCGGCGAGCUGAGUCCCAAGCCGAUGACUCCGCGACGUGUCAAGCGGCGCUCGGUCAUGGCACGUGGUUCACAUGGACGGCAAUCGAGCGGAGGUGGCAGCAGCAGUCGGCGUUCCCAUCACGGCAGCAGCAACACCUUGCGUUCCAAGCAUGGCGGAGGAGGAGGCGGUGGCGGUGCUGGAGACAGCAGCAGUGGGAGCUAUGUGAGAAGCAGCACACGCAGCUCACGGAGGAAAUAUCAUCAGAAUCCUGUCACGAAGCUGCUCGAUCAACAACAACAACUACAGCAGCAGCAACAAUAUCAACAGCCUCAACUUGGUUCGUUCCAUCGCCAGGAGAAGCGUUCGUUGACCGCCUCGAAUCUACAGUGCUUCAACGAUGACAUUGUGAACAACAGCAACAACGGCAUGCUUAUGCCCGGCAUGGAGCAGCAGGCAUCGCCUCCGUUGCCACCGCCACCUCCAGCACCCAUUGGAGGUGGUGGCCACUACAAUCCGAGCUAUCAGCACUCGACCACACACCUCAACGAUGUGGGCCAUCCCAACGAUGAGAUGUACAACAAUCGACCGCCUUCGGUGCGUUCCAGCUAUUCAAAUUUCCAUGGUUCGCGUCCGCUGUCCACCGCCUACAACACCACCGAGAAUGUGUUUGCUGGCCUGAGUGGAGCUAGCGCCAGUCCGCCUCAGGCGCCCUGCACACCACCGCUCUACCAGCAGCAUCCACUGCACCAACAACAGCAGCAGCAGCAGCAACAUCAUCAGCAGCAGCAAUCUCAGUAUUUGCCCCCCUCCGCCUGUGCCAGAGCCGGCGCCUGCCUAUGUGACCGCCCAGCCACAUGGCCAUAUGUCAUUCUCGAAGCGCACAGCUUCGAGGGAGAGCAUACGAUCCAUGGCCUUCCUCAACAAUGGACCGCCUGCCUAUAAUCUCAAUUAUCAUACACCGCCCGACUCCGAGACAACCAUGUGAACAGUCUAACCAGUGUGUUGCCUAUAUACCCCAUUCAAUUGACAUCAAUCAUCCAUCCGCAUGCGCAUCAAAGAUCUCGACAAUCUAUUGAAUCACAUCACCAACUGGAUACACAUACUAUAACUAGAUAUUUAUAUUUAAAGCUGGGCUACAAGCUAGUUAAUCAUCCAGCCAAUGCAUUCAGAAUAUCGCGUCGUACCACAAAUCAUAAAUGUUUAAUCUAUGUUUAACGUAUAUCUAAAAAAAACAAAACAAAAA